AUGCCGGGUGGCGCCACCCUUCUGCCGGGCUCUUAUCCCACAGCUGCGGGCACUGUGCCUUUGACCAGCGCUCCAGCUACGACUGGCUAUGGAGCUGGUUUCUUUCCAUCACCCGCUGUGGGCUUCACACCCAGUGGACAGGCUACCACAGCUUUUGGCGCACCAGCGGCUGUCGGCAGCAUUCCCAGCGCCCCGGGUGGCAGUCUGCCACAGUCGCAGCCACGUAGACCCACAGGCACGGUGCCGACGAACGCACGUGGCGGACCCUUUGCGCAGCCACAGUACAACACACUGGGACGUUCGAAUGCUGGUGGCGUGGGCGUGGGCGGUGGCAGCAAUGCGGAUAACGACGAGGACUAUAGCGGUGGAGACUAUUCGGCCAUACCGGGUGUGCCUGGCGUGGACUACCCCGUCUAUGCACAGGUGCCUCGCACCAAUUUCGACUGCUCGCAGCAACCACUGCCGGGCUACUACGCGGACAUUGAGGCGCAGUGCCAGGUGUUCCACAUCUGCGCCCUGAAUCGCACCUAUUCAUUCCUCUGUCCCAAUGGUACGGUCUUCAGUCAGGAGACGCUCGUCUGUGUGUGGUGGAAUCAGUACGAUUGUGUUUCCGCGCCCAGUCUCUAUGCGAACAAUGCCUACAUCUACGACUAUGGCACUGCCGGCGCCCCCAAUACCAAUCCAAAUGUGAACGCCAACGCUUACCAGGUGGCCGGGCGUACGGCUCCAGCCACAACUGCGUAUGGCGCUAAUAUCAGCGGUGCAGCUGUGCUUCGUCCAACUGGGGUGCCACAAGUGAGCGGAUUUGUGGGUGGCAGUGUGGCGCGUGGCUAUGUUACGCCUAGUGCCACGCCCACGCAGACCCAGCCACAAUUUGGUGCCGUCAUCCGGCCUGCUGGAGUAUCCGGUACCGUGGCCACACCGGGCGUCGCACGUGGCGCUGUGGCGGGUGGAGUUGCUCCUGAAAAUCGUGAGUAUUUACCACCAGCCGCCGCUUCAAACACAGGACGACGUCAGCGCGCCAUUGCAGUAUAA